CAAAAUUUAUAAAUGGUGGCAGUUUUUUUCUAACAAAAUAUCAAAAAAUGGCUAGUAUCGGAUUCAGGUGGCUAGACAUAUUAGAAAAAGAGUUCGACAAAGCCUUCGUAGACCUAGAUUUAAAUAUAAGCGAAUUGGAAUCAGAAGAGCCGAGUUUGGUGUUCAACGUGCGACAGAAGCUCUGCACGCUCAGUUCCUGUUUCGCACAGCUAACCCACAAAUCGCAGACAAUUUUUCAAAACAGUGCGAAAAUAGAGGCCGAACUGGUCCACAUGCGGGCCGAACUCACCGAGUCCAAGUCGAAGCGAGAGGUGCUGGAGAACGAGCUGCACCAUCUGCUGCUGCAGCUGCACUCGUCGCAGCUGUCCCGGCUGCCCGACAGCCUGGGCAACAAGCGCCAGGACCAGUACAUCAAGCCGGACGUCAGCGCCAUCAAGCAGAAGCUCGAGGCCGAGAUCAGGCAGAGCCCCCUUCGAGGAGUUUUGAAGGACGCGGACGAGUUGAAAUUCAGCCCGUCGCUGUUGGAGCCGGCGCAAUACAAGGCGAACAUAACGCAAUUGCAAGCGGAAAACGCCGCCCUUCGGAACGAAUUGCUCGCUCUCACCGGCGAGGUUUACGGCGCCAAACUGGCCGCCAAGUACUUGGACAAAGAGCUCGCCGGAAGGAUACAACAACUGCAGCUACUAGGUAGGGAAAUGCGUGGGGACGUGCGCGACAAGCUAUGGAGGCAGCUGGAAUCCGAGAUACUCCUGCAACGCCACAAAACGGUGGUGAAGGCCUGCAGGAGGAAUCGCGCGUUGAACGGGACGAACGAUUGCUCGAAGCCGACGACGCAGACCAACGAGGAGCAUUUCGGGGACAUUCGAAGCGUGCUGGUGAAGAGGAAGCCCGAUCAAGGCUUGGGCAUCAGCAUAACCGGCGGUAGAGAACACGGAGUUCCCAUUUUGAUAUCGGAAUUGGAACCCAACGGACCGGCGGCGUUAUCCGAGCAAUUGUAUAUCGGCGAUGCGAUACUGUCCGUCAAUGAUAUUGAUCUCAGGAACGUGUGCCACAGGGAGGCGGUGGAUAUUCUUCAAAAGCAGCAGGGAGAUUGUACGUUGCAAGUUCAAUACAUCGCCGCCGACGACAGUGAUAAUUCCCUCGAGGAGGACGGUUUUAAUUUUAGAUUCUUCGAUGAAAACGUUUGUGAUAGCAGCAAUGCAAAUAACUGUAAAUCGACUGAAGAUGUAGCUAAUACCCCUACGGCGCCUAGAACUCCAGAAUCUAGCGUCAGCAGUAGGUCUCCGCGAAAAACUAUCCUAAUCAGCCCCGAUCGAGGCGAUCCCGAAACGCGCGACAUGCAGACAAUGCGCAACAUCCGCAACACCAUCAUCGCCGACAACAAAUCGAACAACAACCGCCCGCAGGACGCGCCCACCGACGGCUACGUCGACACCAACGACCUGGUGCUCGUCGACAACGCCACCAACAACAUCAUCAAGCUCGAGAACUUCAAGAUGGUCGACGUGCUGUCGACGAUCGACGACAACUACAACACGUCGACCAAUUCGCUCAACUCCGACAACCUGUCGUCGCCGAUGCAGACCAGCACGGACGUGUACGUGGACUCGGAGAUCGCCUCGAACGAUUCGCGCUCGCCGAAGAACCCGCAGAGCGGGAAGUUCGACUACGAGGAGAGCUGUUCGGCGGUGUCGGCGAAGAGCGACCUGUCCAAGAGCGACCAGAGCCUGUUGAACAGCGACAGCAGCGGCAGCUCGCCCGUCCGCCAGCCGGGCAGGGACUACAAGAAGCAGAAGAAGCACAAGAAGCGGUACUUCGGCGUCAAGACGCUGCAGAGCAUCUUCAACAAGCGCGACGGGUACUCGGACGUGUCGACGACGGCGUCGGAGCUGGGCGAGGAGCAGGCCGUCGGGCAAGCGGCGGCGCUGCAGCUCGCCGACGUGACGAGUCCGCAAUUCGAGGAGAACAUCCACAAUUUGCUGUCGGACAUAUUCGUGAAGCGGUUCCCGUUGGAGCAGCCGGGCAACGGGUCGAGCAAGGGCUGCGCCAAUCCCAACGCCGCCGGCCCGAAGAAGUACUUCUCGCUGCACGGGCAGAAUUUGCGGGUGGGGAAGGCGCUGCGAUUGUGUCCCAACGAGGAUCUGCUCGCCGACGACGACGUCGAUUUGAGGAAGGAGAAGUUGCUGGCUAGGUACGUGUACAAUACGAACUCGUCGAGCGCCGACGGUGUGGGAGAUCCCGAUUUCGGGACGCCCGUUUAAACAAAAAUAAGGUAAAUUUAGUCUCUAUAAGUCUAUUUUUAAAGAAGUAAUAAUGAAUUUAGCGGAAGAGUUUGCGUAGCGUGUACUUAAAGCAUCCGGUUUGGAUCUUUUUCUACUGAAUAUCAUCGACUAAACGAGGCGAAUGUUUUGUAACAAUUACGAAAUAUUCACCCUGUAUUUAUGCAUUCCGUACUCAUCGCUUCUUAUUGGUUGACGGCUCGUUUGCGAAGUUACUUGUUCCUUCGUUUAAGUACAAUAAACUUUACGUACACACUGCAAUUAUAAAAUUAAUUGCUUCUUAACUAAUUAAAAGUUUUAUUGAUAUUGAUAAGUACUUCAAUACGACUAGGAUAAGCGUGUUGCCGAUUGCUAAUCAGUUGUAUUUGUUGGGCAUUUCUAAAUAUAUGCGAAGGAGGACCAAGCAAAUCGUAGGUUUUCAUUUUGGAUCGAUUUAAUCAAAUUUCAAUCUGCAUUAGAAAUCAUUUUUAAUGCCUAAUCAAAUUGUAAUUAGCGUUCAAACUUUCAGGAAAAUACUAUAUUAACUAUGUUGCCUCUGUUGCUUAAGUGCCUACCAUUGAGUCUUUUUAUAUUCUCGGUUAUCUUCAAAACGAGUGAGCGAUUUUCUAGUCAUAUUGUCUUUGGUAGAAUAAAUUUGUAUAUUUUGUAUUAAGCGUUCCUAACGUACUUUGAGUUUGGUAGAUUUGAAGUGUAAAUCAAAAUAAGAUGACGUGUCUUAAGUGUAUAAAUUAAACUGUUAAUCAGAUUUAACAUAUUUUUAAGUAAAACGUUGAGGCGCACAUUUUUCCUUUAGAUUUCGAUAGAUAAAUUGAGCGUAAUAAGUUUAACGUAGAAAUAAAAUCGUUUUUUCAAACGUCAUGUUCGUAAAAAAUUUUGAUGUCAAUGAAUCGUUUAGAUUUCAAAUCGAUACAUAUUUUUAAACAAUCACUGAUAAAAUACUUCGGCGUUAUUGAAAUUUCUACAAAAGUAUUCGUUGUUAUAAUGACUUGCUCAAAACAGUAUUAGAACUCUGAACAUAUAAUUUUGUACUAAGUUUUAUUCGUUUUUCAAGUAUACAUAAAACGUUGCAAUAUUCUAUUUAGCAAAAUAUUAACUGCUUUAUAAUUAAGAAUACAAAGUGUCCGCGAAAGAAAUGCAUUUCUUUGCAGUUUGCUCGCAUUCGCGGACUCUUGAUAUAAAAAAAUAUUAAUGUGUUUCUUUUAUCGUUUUUACGUAAGCUUUCGACUAUUCUUAAGAUUUACAAAUAAAAUUGUAAUGCUAGUUCAAAUAAAAUUUAAAAAAACUGUGCCCGCAGAAGUGAUGACUUCGCCUCGAAUAUUUAAAUAGAACAAGCAAAUUGACAAGUGUUUAGUUGACAUUGUCAACUUUGUUUUUGUACACGUUCCCUAAGAAGUUAUCACUUCGAAAAGGAAUUUUGUGAAAUCCUAAAAACAUAUCUAUCUAAAUAAAUAUAAAUGCG